CAUGGCGCUUCGUUAGGUUGAGAUAGAACGUCGGUAUUCUACAUAUGUACUUAAUAUGUGAUAUCAUUGCUCCUUAUGCCUUUGGAACUACUCUAUUAUCAGGAGUCUAAUUUAAGGUGAAAAUGCAUCUCACCGAAGAGGAUGAAAACAAUAUCCAGAUCGUAAACGAGUUCAAAGUCACUUGGUUCACGCUACUAUCUCGUGUUGAUGCUGCUCCAACGGUAGAUGAAAUUGUUCUUACAUCAUUAAAUCAUGUAGCAAACCUGAUGGUGUGCCGAAAGGGAGGGAACUCAUCACGAAGUGUUGUUUUUGAUAUGGCUCUCAAUUUAUGUGUGUUCGAAACAUUAUUUCAAUGGAACUUUGUGUUUACUGGGAGUGAUCUUGAGGCUUAUAAAGUAAGAGAGCUUCAGUUCUACGACUCCUUGAUUGGGAACAAUGGUGACCUCUAUUUGUCUCAUGAGGCUGUGAGUUAUUUGAUAUUUCCUACCAACUUGCGAAAUAUCAUUUACCCAUAUUUGCAUACAUUUUUUAUAACCUCGUAAUAAAUUUUUAUACCGUUCUUAUGUUGUCCACACCACAGUUGGUUUUUUGCUAUUACUUCCAAGUAAUACUCAAUCCAAAAAAUAUUUUGUUUCUCAAGAGUCAUAGCUUGUAUGUAUUUUCUAAAUGUUUUUCUACUCUUUUCAAUAGUUAAUAACCAUAUUCACUGCACCGUACGUUUCUUACAGUAACAUAUUGGUAUCUAUAGGCAAACACCUAUGUAUGCUAGGAAACGCCUGCGUCACACGUUUAUACUCAAAGAGCCCUUUUCCACUGAAAUAAUUGCUACGUACAGAUGUUGGUCGUAUAUUAGGGACGUUUAAAGCCAAAAAAGACUCAAGUUUGUGUUUUUUGUCUGUCCAAAUUGAUCUGUGCCAAUUCUUACGAGAAAAUUUUCUGUAGAUAUUUCAUAAACGCAUUUCACCAUAACUGUAAUUUCAAUUUGUUAAAU